AUGCUCAUGUCUGCUUCCAUUCCUUAUCCCUCCCCAUGCUCUCAUCUCCCAGGCACUUUCUUCCUGACAGGGAUCCCAGGACUGGAGGCCAGUCAUACCUGGAUAGCCAUUCCCUUUUGUGCCAUGUACCUGGUGGCACUGGCUGGAAAUGCUCUCCUUAUUCUUGUCAUUGGGAUGGACAAGGCUCUUCAUGAACCCAUGUACCUUUUCCUUUGUCUUCUCUCACUCACGGACCUGGCCCUCAGUUCAACCACCACGCCCAAGACACUAACCAUUUUGUGGCUCCAGGAUGGUGAGAUUUCCUUUGCUGCCUGCUUAGCCCAGAUGUUUUGUGUCCACGCCAUCUAUGCGCUGGAGUCCUCAGUUCUUCUUGCCAUGGCCUUUGAUCGAUAUGUGGCUAUCUGCCAGCCUCUGAGGUACAGCACCAUUCUCAACCACAGUGUCAUAGGCAGAAUCACAUGUGCUGGGAUUUUCCGUAGUAUAACCAUUGUUUCCCCCUUCAUCUUCUUGCUAAAGCGACUGCCCUACUGUGGGCAUCGGGUCAUGGCACAUACAUACUGUGAGCACAUGGGUAUUGCUCGCUUGGCCUGUGCCAACAUCACUGUCAAUGUUAUUUAUGGGCUGACUGUAGCCCUAUUGGCCAUGGGAUUGGAUUCCAUCCUCAUUGCCAUCUCCUAUGUCUUUAUCCUCCAAGCAGUCUUCCGUCUGCCAUCUCGUGAAGCCCGGCACAAAGCUCUGAGUACCUGUGGCUCCCACCUUGCAGUUAUCCUAGUUUUCUACAUCCCUGCCUUCUUCUCCUUCCUUACUCACCGCUUUGGCCACAACCGUGUCCCCAAGAGUGUGCACAUAUUUCUGGCCAAUCUCUAUGUGCUGGUGCCUCCUGUGCUCAACCCAAUCAUCUAUGGGGCCAGAACCAAGGAGAUUAAAAGUCGACUUCUCAGACUGCUUCAACUGAAGAAGGACUCAGUAUGA